GCGCCCCGCACCGCGCCAUGCGGCCCCGCUGAGCCCCGCUCGCUGCCGCGGCGCCGGGUGGGGGGGGGGUGGGGGGUUGCGGGGGCCGCCCCCAUCCCCGCUGGCCCCGCAACUUUGAACGAUGAUCACAGUCAACGCGGAUGGCAAGAUAAUGGUCAGGAGAUGUCUCGUCACCUUGAGACCCUUUAGGAUAUUUGUGCUGGGCAUUGGAUUUUUCACUCUGUGCUUCUUAAUGACGUCUCUGGGAGGGCAGUUCUCAGCCAAGCGCCUGGGGGAUUCGCCCUUCACCAUCCGAACUGAAGUGAUGGGCGCUCUGGAGUCCCGAGGGGUGCUGCGGCGGAUGAGCGACAUGCUGGAGCUGCUGAUGAAGAGGAUGGACAUCCUGGCCAGGCUGGAGAACGGCACUGAUUUCCACAAAGGGAACGAGGCACUCUUCCCUCUGGACAGGUUGCAGCCAGCGGCCGGUUUGAUGGAGAGGAUCCAAGCUAUAGCUCAAAACGUCUCAGACAUCGCAAUAAAAGUAGACCAGAUUCUCCGGAAUAGCCUCAUGAAUGCAAAAAUGGGGGAUGGCAGGAGGGACCAGUGCGAGGUGCCCAGGGACCCCAAGUACCCCGACUGCGCUGGGAAGGUGGAGUGGAUGAGGGCCAGGUGGACUUCUGACCCCUGCUAUGCAUUUUUUGGCGUGGAUGGCACCGAGUGCUCCUUCCUCAUCUACCUCAGUGAAGUUGAGUGGUUCUGCCCUCCCCUACCCUGGAGGAACCAGACGGCUGCACCGUCCCCUCCACCGCUGCCCCGUGCCCAGGCAGCUUUCCGCAGCGACCUGGCCCCAUUGCUGGAGCUGGUGGGCACGGGCAAGGAGUCCCUCAGCUUCAUGAAGAAGAGGAUCCGGCACCUGGCCCAGCAGUGGCUGCGGGCAGCCCGACGCCUCGAGCAGAAACUGAAGGGACGGCAGGGGGACCAAAAACAUAUCCUGAUUCACAUCGGCUUCCUGACCGAGGAGUCAGGGGACGUCUUCAGCCCACGGGUGCUGAAAGGGGGGCCCCUGGGUGAGAUGGUGCAGUGGGCCGACAUCCUGGCUGCCCUUUUCCUGCUGGGACACAGCCUGAAGGUGACAGUCUCACUGAAGGAGCUGCAGAGCAACUUAGGGGUGCCUCCAGGACGGGGAAACUGCCCCUUGACGAACCCUUUGCCUUUUGACCUGAUCUACACCGACUACCACGGCCUCCAGCAGAUGAAGCAGCACAUGGGGCUCUCCUUUAAGAAAUACAGGUGCCGUGUUCGUGUCAUCGAUACCUUUGGGACGGAGCCAGCCUACAACCAUGAGGAAUACGCCACGCUGCGCGGCUUCCGCACCAACUGGGGCUACUGGAACCUGCACCCCUCCCAGUUCAUGACCAUGUUCCCGCACACCCCGGACAAUUCCUUCAUGGGCUUCGUGUCGGAGGAGCUCAACCAGACCGAGCGGCAGCGCAUCAAAUCCAGCAAAGUGAGCAGCAUGGCAGUGGUGUACGGGAAGGAGGCCAGCAUCUGGAAGGGCAAGGAGAAAUUCCUGACCAUCCUCAACAAGUACAUGGAGAUCCAUGGCACUGUGUACUACGAGACGCAGCGGCCGCCGGAGGUGCCAGCCUUCGUCAAGAACCACGGGCUGCUGCCACAGCAUGAGUUCCAGCAGCUGCUGAGGAAGGCGAAGCUCUUCAUCGGCUUUGGGUUCCCCUACGAGGGUCCAGCCCCACUGGAGGCCAUCGCCAAUGGCUGUGUGUUCCUGCAGGCGCGCUUCAACCCCCCCCACAGCUCCCUCAACCACGAGUUCUUCCGUGGGAAGCCCACCUCCAGAGAGGUGUCCUCCCAGCACCCGUACGCCGAGGACUUCAUUGGGAAGCCACAUGUGUGGACUGUCGACUACAAUAACUCCGAGGAGUUUGAAGCUGCUAUCAAAACAAUCCUGAGGACCCAGGUGGACCCUUACCUGCCUUACGAGUACACCUGUGAGGGGAUGCUGGAGCGGAUCCAUGCCUACAUUCAGCACCAGGAUUUCUGCACCAUGCCAUCCCCUCCACCUCCUGCCAAGGCCCAGAGCCCCGCUAUGCAAAGCCCUCCGAGCCCUCUGGCCCUGUCUCCCAACGCCACCCACCUGGUGUGGUCCCCAAGCGCCCGCCGGGACCCCCACGCCUGGCCGCCAGCAGACUCCCUGCAGGUGUGGCUGUCAGAGGGGCAGCAUGCCUGCACUGAGACGUGCCGCCGCCGUGGGCUGGUGUGCGAGCCCACCUUCUUCAGGUUCCUCAACAAGAAGGAGGUGUUUCUGCAGCUCAGCAUCACCUGCGACAGCACCGAGUACGAGAUGAACCAUCUCUACCCGGCAGUGGCAGAGAACGUUCACGAGUGCUACCUCCAGAAGGAGCCGCUGCUCUUCAGCUGCGCGGGGCACAACACCAAGUACCGGCGCCUCUGCCCCUGCCGCGACUACCGCGAGGGCCAGGUGGCUCUGUGCAGGGACUGCUUGUGACUCGGCCCCAUGGCGGUGACGCACUGUGUGCCGCCGGUGGCUUUAUCUCAAAGCUCGUGCAAUAGCUGGGGAGGCAGGACGGGAUGCGUGCCGAGCCGGGGGUGCUGGGCUGCAAAAAGCCACGUCCCGAUGGUCGGCUCCAUUUUCCUCUUGAGGCGCAUCGUCCGUCCGCAUCCGAACCCACCUGGACCGCGUUGGUGCUGGGAUGGGGGUGGCGGGGAGAGGAGCUGGAGGGGAUCACCCUUCCCUUCUUCCAUCCACGGGAUGAGCCACCAGCAGACUGCAGUUUCAGGGUUUUCAUUCUCUUGAAGCAUCCGAGGUUGUUUUAUUUAUUUAUUUUCUAUCCCCCUCCUUCUCUCCUUCCCUCCUCCCCUUCCCAGAAUGAGUGGUGAAUUAAAAGGGAACAAAAAACACCCAGCCCUUCUUGUGAGGAGUUAUUGGGCUGUGCUGGGGGACCCUUCCUUGGCCGGGGAGGGCAAAACCUGAGGGCAGAGGUUGCAGUGGGAGCAAGCAGCAGGGGCUCGGUUUGCAGCACAAGGCUGGGGCUGAGCAGUUCUGUGUGGGGCUGCACAGGGAUGCUGGGCUCAGGGCUGUGCAGGGUGCUGUGCACCAUUGUGUAGGUGGUGGCACGGUGCUUCUCCUUGUUUGAGGCAGGAGGAGGUGCUGCAGCAGCUGGUAUGUUACUGGCAUGGAGUGAAGGUGGGGGCAGAUGUAAGGCAGAGUAACUGCAGCAGCAACGUUGUGCCUGCAUCCCCCCAGUGCUGCAGCCCCUGCCUUCCCAACCAGCUGCGAGAAAAGGUGAGCUCCAGGCCAAGAGCUCCAGGCAGCAGCUUCACUUCUUUAGCUUCUCUUUAAGCUCAUAAUCUUUUAGAGAAUUGUUUGAUGCUUCUUGUGAUUCCUUUCCUGGCUUAGUGGGACCUGUGGUGAGCAGGCUGGUUGGGUUUGGGAGGUUCUCAUGGAGCGGUGCUGCAGGAUCAGUGCUCAGCCCUCCUGCUGCUCAGGAGUGGGCUGCACAGCUGCGAGCUGCAGACUGGGCACUUGUACCAUGCAUGGAAUAACCCUUCAUCCCAGCCUGACGGUGUCAUCUGGGAGCACUGUCCCCACCUGGCUCCGGGUGACAGAGCAGGGGUUCAGCAGGAUGAAUGGAGCCCCAUUUUGGCACCAGGCUGCUCUUGCUGUCCCCCAGCCCAGAGCCAGUGCUGUUAUCCAGGAGCCAUUUGUCACCUUCAGUGCAACGCCGUGCAGGCAGCUUCCAAACAGCCGGUGACGC